UCUCGCCGCCACCUCCCGCAAGCACGUGAUACCCGGGUAUGGUGCUCGCCCAGCCGCGCUGGCGCUCCAUCUGCAGCCCGUCUGCUGCCACCGCCUCGAUGAGCGGCGCCGGCGGCCGCAUCGCGACGGCGCUGGCGGUGGUGCUCGCCGGCGUCGCCUCGCCAGAGCUGAUUGCGGGCGGCAGGGCUCUCGGUGGCGCGAUCGCGGCGCCGGUGGCCGAGGCGGCCGCCUCGCGUGCGGGCAGCGCCGCCCUGCAGAAGCGCUGUCGGCUACAGCUUCGCUCCAAGCUCGCCAAGGUGCCCGUCUUUGUCGUCACAAACGACGGCGGCUCGCCGUUCCUCUCGCAGAUCCCGGGCGGCGACCAGUCGGCGCUGCUGUUUCUCUUCCCCGCCGAGGCGCAGAAGAUGCUGCAGGGCGUGCUCAAGGCGCCGAACGGCGCCUCGUCCGGCGCCAAGAUCACCAUCUCCAACCUGGAGCGCGCCUACCAGCUCGCCUCGAAGCCGCCCUCCUUCUCGGGGCUCCGUGACCAGGUCACGAACCGCGAGCUCACGAUGGUGUGGCAGUUUGCGCCGCACGCGGCCGAGGUUCGCGCGGCGCAGGCGCUGAUGGUUCGGUCGAUGAAGGCGCCGGUGGCGCCGAAGCUGCCGGCGUACAUGGUCAACGGGCUGGCGUACGACAAGCGGGGGAAGGAGGUGCGACCCGUCUUCCUCUCGCAAAAGGACGCGGCCGCGGCGAUGGAGCAGACGGCGGCGGCCGCCGACGGCGCGGGCGUCAAGCAGGAGGUGGUCGUGGUUGACUUGCUGGAGAUGCUCGCGCAGCUGAGUCACGCCGUCUCGGCGGACACCGCCGCCGCGGAGGCGGAGAUCUCGAGCAUCGAGUUCGUGCCCGCCUCCGAGUCGGUGCAGCUGCGCAACGAGCUCAAGGCCGACAAGAAGCUCACCAAGGCCAAGGUCGUGCCGCCCGACUUCCGGUGGAAGUGAGCCGGCGGGGCAGCUGCCACACAGCGCCCCUCUCUCAAGACGUGGGCUCGCGGGCUCUCUCGUUACGGAUACAACGCGGGAGCUCCUGCUCAAGGCCCCGGGGUGUCUCAAGUGAGUGGUGGCGCCUACAUUCCUACAUACACUAGAUAAAUUCUAGUUACCAGUAUCUCU